GAGAGAGGGCGUCGGGUGUGUGCUGCUGCUGCUGCAUGUAAAGUUGCUGCCUGCGACUCCCGGGGCCGGGCUCCUCCUCUUGCGUCCGUCCGCUUCCCCUGCGCGGCUGCAAAGGCGACGAGGUCGCGAGGGCCGUGGGUUUCCCGCGGGUGAGCCGCUCGGCGAGGCAGGGAGAGAGGCAGGCAGGGGCGCGGGAGAGCCAGUUCGUGGGGCGAGCGAGCGAGGGAGCGAGCGGGAUGGAGUUGCGGCUGGGGCUGGGGCUGCUGGUGGUGCUGGCGGGGCUUUGCGACGGCGCCAUGGACGAGUGCGCGGACGAGGCGAGCGGGCGGGCGCAGCGCUGCAUGCCCGAGUUCGUCAACGCCGCCUUCAACGCCACCGUGGUGGCCACCGACACGUGCGGCAGCCCCUCCGAGGAGUACUGCGUGCAGACGGGCGUCACCGGGGUCACCAAGUCGUGCCACCUGUGCGACGCGCAUCAGCCUCACCUGAGCCACGGCGCCGCCUUCCUCACCGACUACAACAACCAGGCCGACACCACCUGGUGGCAGAGCCGCACCAUGCUGGCCGGCGUCCAGUACCCCAACACGGUCAACCUCACCUUGCACCUCGGAAAGGCCUUUGAUAUUACAUACGUACGCCUGAAAUUUCACACCAGCCGGCCGGAGAGCUUUGCCAUCUACAAACGCACUCGGGAAGAUGGUCCUUGGGUGCCUUACCAGUACUACAGUGGCUCAUGCGAGAACACCUACCGCAAAUCCAGUCGUGCCUUCAUCAGGACCGGGGAGGAUGAACAGCAGGCCGUUUGCACGGACGAAUUCAGUGACAUCUCUCCACUCACAGGAGGCAACGUAGCCUUUUCAACACUCGAGGGCAGGCCCAGCGCUUACAACUUUGACAACAGCCCUGUCUUACAGGAAUGGGUAACUGCUACUGAUAUCAGAGUAAGCCUUAAUCGCCUGAACACCUUUGGAGAUGAAGUUUUUAAUGACCCCAAAGUUCUCAAGUCUUAUUACUAUGCCAUUUCUGACUUUGCUGUGGGUGGCAGGUGUAAAUGCAACGGCCACGCAAGCGAGUGUAUGAAGAAUGAAUAUGGAAAGCUCUCCUGCAACUGCAAGCACAAUACCUUUGGGGUGGACUGUGAAAAGUGCCUCCCUUUUUACAACGACCGGCCUUGGAGAAGAGCAACGUCAGAGAGUGCCAACGAAUGUUUGCCUUGUAACUGCAAUGGCCGGUCACAGGAGUGCUACUUUGAUCCUGAGCUCUACCGUUCCACGGGCCACGGUGGCCACUGCACAAGCUGCUUUGGGAAUACCGACGGGCCAAACUGCGAGAGGUGCCGGGAGAAUUUCUACCGCCUUGGGAGUGAGGAAUCGUGCCUGCCAUGUAACUGCAACCCCGUGGGUUCCCUCAGCACUCAGUGUGACAACUAUGGGCGGUGCAGUUGUAAAUCUGGUGUGAUGGGCGACAAAUGUGAUAGAUGCCAGCCCGGCUUCCACUCUCUCACAGAGGCCGGUUGCAGGCUGUGUUCUUGCAAUCCUGCUGGCAGUAUGGACGAGUGCAACGUGGACACAGGGCGUUGUACCUGCAAAGACAAUGCUGAGGGCUUCAAUUGUGAAAGGUGCAAACCUGGCUUUUUUAACUUGGAUCCUGCCAAUCCAAGGGGAUGCACUCCCUGCUUUUGUUUUGGGCACUCAUCUGUCUGUACCAAUGCCGUUGGAUACAGCACCUACCGAAUUACCUCCAGCUUUCAGUUUGGUGAGGAAGACUGGCAUGCAGAACAGCGAGAUGGCACUGAAAUCUCAGUUCAAUGGAUUAGUGAGACUCAAGACAUAUCUGUGAUCUCAGAAACUCCCUUUCCCAUCUACUUCAUUGCACCAGGCAAGUUCCUUGGGAAUCAAAUCUUGAGUUACGGCCAAAACGUGACAUUCUCUUUUCGGGUCGAUAGGCGGGACACACGCCUUUCUGCGGAGGACAUAGUGCUUGAAGGCGCUGGCCUGAGAGUGUCCGUACCUCUGAUUGCUCAAGGCAACUCCUAUCCCAGUGAGAGCAGCCUGAAAUAUGCCUUCAGACUCCAUGAAGCUGCAGAUUAUCCAUGGAGACCUUCUCUUACCCCGUUUGAGUUCCAGAAGCUGCUGCACAACUUAACAGCAAUCAAGAUCCGUGGGACCUACAGCGAGAGGAGUGCUGGAUAUUUGGAUGAUGUCACUAUUGUGAGCGCUCGGCCCGGGUCUGGAACACCAGCAACUUGGGUGGAGAGCUGUACAUGUCCCACGGGAUACUUGGGGCAGUUCUGUGAACGAUGUGCCCAGGGCUACAGGAGGGAGACCCCUAAUCUUGGGCCCUACAGUCCGUGUGUGCCUUGCUUCUGCAAUGGGCACAGUGAAACAUGCAACCCUGAAUCGGGAGCCUGUGACUGCAGGGACAACACAGCAGGCCCUCACUGUGAGAAGUGCAGUGAUGGCUAUUAUGGAGAUGCAACCACAGGCAGCUCUUCCGAUUGCCAGCCGUGUCCAUGUCCAGGGGGGUCAAGCUGUGCCAUAGUACCCAAAACCAAGGAGGUGGUGUGCACCAGUUGCCCAGCUGGUACUACAGGCAAACGGUGUGAAUUGUGCGAUGAUGGCUAUUUUGGAGAUCCUCUUGGUGAGAAUGGCCCCGUCAGGCUUUGCCGCCUCUGCCAGUGCAGUGACAACAUUGACCCCAAUGCUGUUGGGAAUUGCAACCGCUUGACGGGCGAAUGUCUGAAGUGCAUCUAUAAUACGGCUGGUUUCUACUGUGACCGGUGCAAAGAUGGAUUCUAUGGGAAUCCCUUGGCUCAGAAUACAGAGGACAAGUGCAAAGCUUGCAACUGCAAUCCUUACGGCACGGUGAACUUACAGACCAACUGCAAUCAAGUCACGGGGCAGUGUGAGUGCCUCCCACACGUCACAGAAAGGGACUGCAGCUCUUGUCAGCCUGGCUUCUACAACCUGCAGAGCAGAAGUGGCUGUGAGAGGUGUAACUGCCAUCCAUUGGGUUCCACUAAUGGCCACUGUGAAAUACAGACAGGGCAAUGUGAAUGCCAGCCAGGCAUUACUGGGCAGCGUUGCGAGAGAUGUGAGGCAAACCAUUUCGGAUUUGGUCCUGAAGGCUGCAAACCUUGUGACUGUGACCCGGAAGGUUCUCGAUCUCUCCAGUGCAAAGAGGAUGGUCGCUGUGAGUGCAAAGAAGGUUUUGUGGGGAACCGCUGUGACCAGUGUGAAGAGAACUAUUUCUACAAUCGAUCCUGGCCAGGCUGUCAAGAGUGCCCUGCGUGUUACAGAUUGGUGAAAGAUAAGGUGGUGGAACAGCGGGAGAGAUUGCAGGAGCUUGAAAAUCUUAUAGCCAACAUAGGAACAGGUGAAGAAACUAUAACUGAUCAGGCUUUUGAAGACAGGCUGAAAGAAGCUGAAAGAGAUGUCAUGGACUUGCUUCAGGAUGCCCAAAGCAGCAAAGAUGUAGACCAGGGCUUGAUGGAUCGCCUGCAGGAGAUCAACAGAACUCUGUCCGGCCAACUUGGUCGGUUGAGGAACAUCCAGAACACCGUGGAAGAGACAGAAAAUCUGGCUGGGCAGGCCCAAGCCCGGGUGGACAGCACACAGGAACUGAUUGAAACAGCUUCAGAUAUGCUGCAGAGAGCAAAGGUUGCAGUUGCUAAUGUGUCUAUUACUCCACCAGAAUCAACCAGUGACCCCAACAACAUGACUCGCCUGGCAGAAGAAGCCCGCCAGCUAGCUGCUCGGCACAAGCAAGAAGCAGAUGACAUUGUUCGUGUAGCUAAAGAAGCAAAUGAUACGUCGACACAAGCAUAUAAGCUGCUCUUGGAUACCCUGGCAGGAGAGAAUCAGACCAUGAAUGACAUCGGUGACCUUAAUAGGAAGUAUAACCAGGCAAAAGACAUUUCCCGAGAUCUAGAAAAGCAGGCAAACAAAGUCCAUGCAGAUGCUGAGGAGGCUGGGAAUAAGGCGCUGCAGAUCUAUGCCAACCUCACCAGUCUGCCAUCUAUAGACUCUGAGGAGCUAGAGAAUGAGGCGAAUAAGAUCAAGAAGGAAGCCAGAGAACUGGAUCAACUCAUUAACAGGAAGCUGAAGGAUUAUGAGGAACUAAGAGAAGACAUGAAAGGGAAAGAGCAGGAAGUACAGAACCUUUUGGAGAAGGGCAAGACUGAACAGCAGACUGCUGACCAGCUCUUGGCUCGAGCAGAUGCUGCCAAGGCUCUGGCUGAAGAAGCCUCCAAGAAGGGGAGCAACACACUCCAGGAGGCCAAUGACAUUCUCAACAACUUGAAAGACUUCGACAAGAGAGUGAAUGAUAACAAGACUGCAGCUCAGGAGGCUCUAAGGAGAAUACCUGCCAUUACCCAGACCAUCUUGGAGGCCAACAAUAAGACACGGCAAGCGGAAUUGGCACUAGGCAAUGCUGCUGCGGAUGCCAGAGAAGCAAAGAACAAAGCUGCUGAUUCUGAGAGAAUUGCUAAUUCUGUGCAGAAGAACGCUGCUUCAACAAAAGCUGAUGCUGACAAGACCUUCUCCACUGUUGCUGAGCUGGACAAAGAAGUGGGUGACAUGUUGCAGCAGCUGGAUGCAGCAGAGAAAGAGCUAAAGGCGAAACAGGAAAGCGCUGAUCAAGAUAUGAUGAUGGCAGGAAUGGCUUCAGAGGCAGCUCAGGAAGCAGAAGCCAAUGCAAGGAAAGCCAAGACCUCUGUUAGCAGCUUGCUGAGCAUGAUUAAUGACCUCCUUGAGAAGCUAGGGCGUGUGGAACCUGUGGACUUGAGCAAACUGAAUGAGAUUGAGGAUACUUUGAACACUGCCAAAAACCAGAUGAGGGACAGCAAUUUGGACCGGAAAGUCUCUGAUCUGGAGAAGGCAGCUGAAAAGCAAGCCAGUGCCAUCAAUGAAUAUGACAGGGACAUUAACACCAUUAGGAAAGACAUUAGCAAUUUAGAGGACAUCAAGAAGACCUUACCAACUGGCUGUUUCAACACCCCGUCUAUUGAAAAACCCUAAGGAUGUGCUAAAGGCAGGGGGGGACGUUCCCUCAAUGACUGGUGGAGCAGUUCUUUUGGCUGUGGAGUGCCUUAAUUCCUAGGUUAUCUUCUUCAGGACCCCCACCUCAUCUCCCACACAGCUAUCAGUUCUUUCUUUCCCAUUUCAAGGGAGAAAAUUGCAAGUUUCUGAAUAAACACAAAUUAAAUAUCCAGCCUUCGGGCAUCAGAAGGGUUUAAAGAUAUGAAAUGUAUACACUCCCUUGCUCAAAACACUCCAUUUUCUCCUCUUCUCCCAGAAAAGACUCCCCUUUGAUUUGCAUAAUGAUGUGAAAUAUUAUGGACUGUUGUGCUGAAUUACAGAAAGGGCUAUGAGAACUGAUACAUAGUGGGGGCAGUCACAGGCGUCUCCUUUUUUCACACACACACACACACACACACACACACACACGUAUCUCUCUCCCAUACCCCAUCUCACAAUUUCUCUGUUCUUUUUGUUUCUAUGAAGGAAAAUGUUUGGCUACCAAAGUAUUAAAUUGUAACGGCCAGUAUAGCUACAAUUUGUAAGAAAUGCUGAUGGCCAUCAGAAAAGAAGAAAAAGUCAACUUGAUUAAACCACCACUUUGGUAGCCAGCUGCCAAUUUUAAAGAAACUUUCUAGAGUGCAAUAUGUAUAUGUAUAUCUUGAUUCUGAGAAACAGUUUUCUCAGAAAUGUUUUAGGGGAGUCAUGAGGAAGGAGUGGUGUGUUAGGUCUCCAUGGUGCUAUACCUUGGCCUGCCUUCAUGAGAACACAGGCAGAAAUUUUAAUUCUUCAAGACAGAAGGAUCUACCUGUGAUCAGAAUUGUUCCUGUCACCAGCCAGUCACUAGUAAUAUUCAAGAGGUAUCUUCCAGGGACAGAUAAUUUAAUAUGAACAGAUUCUGUCUUUCUCUCUUGGGGGCAGGGGAAGCCCCUGAAUCAGACUUUUUCUCUCCCCCCCCCCCCUUUUGAAAGAAACAUCCACUAUCCAGAGAGUACUUUUUUUGCUAGACUUGCCUGUGAAAUUUGAAGUCAACAUAAUCUUCUCUGGUAGAAAAUAAACUCAAAAUGUUUGCAGAGUUCUCUUUCUGCCGAUUGAAUCAUAUCAUUUUGCCAUGGUAGGUUUACCUCUUGUGUAAAAGAGGAGUAAUGACAAAAUAUAGCUGAUCCAUCUUUCUAGGAAAAAUAAUUGGUCAGACCUAAUUCUAGGGGUAAAUAACUCCCAAGAGUUCACAGUAUUUACUAACUGAGCUGGUGGUUGCUUGGUAUGAAUUUCUGCCCCACUCAGAAUGCCCCCUCUCCCACUUGGAUUAAGCUUCCUUGUGGGGGGAAGAAUUCUUCCACGUUGUCUCUCUUCUCCACCCCCACUCUCCCUUUUAAUCCUGAACUGGAGGAAAUUAUCUGCCUCUGCGGUUUCCUCAAGAGAAAGGCCUGAUGCUUCCCCCCCCCCUGCCUUUUGAGAUCUGCAUAUACCCACCCUUAAACACUAUGCAACUUUGUACGUUUGCGUAGAGGGGAAGAAAUUUAUUAUCUGACACACACACUGGUGCUAUUAAUUAUUUCAAAUUUAUAUUUUUGUGUGAAUGUGGGAUUUUGUGUCUUUUUUUUAUUAUGAUUAUAGUGUGAGGAAAAGUCUGUUUCUCUCUCUCUUGCCCCUCUCCAGCCUUCCCCAUGUAAAUAUGCUUGGCCUUGCUUCCAGAGUGGCUGUUCUCUCAUGGCUUCCUCUUAACCGCCACACUGCGUACAUCCUCUUCUCCUCCAGUUUAUUAUUCCUUUGGCAGUGAGGGUCACUCCCAUACUGGUAGCUAAUAGUAUUCCAUUUCUCUGCAUUGACAGCCGAGAGGCAAGUUGCCCUUCUCCUCCUCUUCUAAAGCCACUUGACACCUAAAGGAUUCAGAGGGGUGUAGCUCACGAUGCCUAGGGCCAUUUUGGGUGAUACUUUGCCCUGGGAGACUCUGCCUGGGCUGAAAUGGGGAGCAGGCCUCCAACUUGUGCGCCUCCUCUGCCCCACACCUCCUUCCUCCACUGUGAGCAGAAAUGGGAGAACCAGAAUACAGGCAGAUACAGAGUUCUCUCAGCGGACUUUGGCCUGCACAGAGGGUACAGGGAGGAGACCCACAGGCCUGAGGCCUCCUUCCCAUGACUCCUGCUUGGGGGGGUGAAGGCAUCACCCAAACUGGCCCUUUGUUUGUGGUCUUGGUAUUAUGAAUGGUUAUAGGCUUCCUGCUGGCUCUGAAGAGGAAAUGUGACAUGGGCCUAGUUCUUACUCGGGUGGUUUAACCUAUGUCUGAGCUGGUACCAUAUCUCCAUGCAGUUUUGUUUUUGUUUUUCAAUAGAAAAACUUUUCUCUCAGACGUGGCUACAUAUAGGGAAAUUAAGGAGCAUUCAAUCAUGGGAGCCAUUUACGGAAGGGGUGCCAGCCGGCCACAUACUUUCCACCCCAAUGAGAGCUAGACCAUUACUGUAGAUUUAGUAGCAGGUCUCUCUGAAUACAGGGAGAUAGGCAAAAUUGCUUUGGCCUUGGUUUUUACGGCACCUCCAGGGCCAGAGAGAGAUGUUCCAGCCAGAUCUUAAUUUUACCCAAGCAACUUCUUCAACAGUUUACAUAAAGCCGACUUGCAUGCAUACAGGCAAACAGAACCGAAAGCCAUGAAUUGGAAAUGGCUUUUUGCUGUGGCAUGUCACACUUGACUUCAGUAUUUUUUAGAUGGCUGGAUCUUAACGGUAUCUCCUCUCUGCCAAAUAGAAGGGGAUGAUUACAGUUCACUCCUUGGUGUGCUUCUAGUCCUUUCCUUGCCUUUCUAGUAUUCCCCCCCCCCUUUCUCUUAAACAGGUUUUAACAGAUUUUUUUUAUUUUUAAAUAAAUAAAUAAAAAGGCCUUUAUAAGAAUUUACAAAUAUUGCGUUAACAGCUAUUAUCACGUUUGUAUAGGUCCAAGUUAUUUCUUUGCAUAACAAAAUGAUGCAACAGCUGUUCACGGGAGACACCUGCUGAAGAGUUCCCUUCAUUUUAUUUUUUAUUCUCAACUGUGAGCACCUCAAAAAGUGCCUUCACUCCAGUUUUAGACUUAAAUCUGUGGUCUUGCUGUCUGGGGGCAGUGAACAAAAACAACAAAAAUGCAACACUUGGCAGUUUUAUGUAUAAAACAGUAUUUCUUAUUUAUAAUAAAGACUGAAUAUUUGUAACCCCUCA